AUGCCAUCCUUCAUCUUAGAGCACGGCCUGACUCCGAAGGACGACCCCUGGCCCGGCGAGCCGCGCGCCAGCGCUACCGCGCCGGCGCAGGUCUCGCUGCUGGCGGCUGGGCUCAUCGACGAGGCGGUCCCCGAGACGCAGGGGCCGCCGCGACGGCGCCGCAGCGCCCGGGCCGGAUCGCAGCGCGCGGGCCAGGCCAGGGAGAAGAGCCGGGGGACGCGCGACGACUACCGCCUGUACGAGGACCCCGAGGCAGAGGCGGUCCGCCUGCGCACGCCGCCUGUCACCCCGCGUGCGCCCACGGCCGUGGCGGGGCCAGCGGUCGGCUCGCCCCUGAAGGACC